AUGCCUUCACCUUCAGACUCCAGCAGCGUGGCCUCAGCCUCGGGGUCCCGCGGCUGGUCGGACAGCCGGAGGGGGAUGUCCGGCCGGGGGCCCGGCGGCGCCCGGCUGCUCCUCUACCUGGGCCUGUGCCACCUGGGCCUGGGGGCUAUGGUCCUGGCCUUCUCCUUCACCAGCAUGGCCUUCACCUCCUCGGCCCGGGUCAGGCAGUCCUGUCCGUUCUGGGCCGGCUUCUUCGUGGUGGCUUCAGGGAUCGUUGGGAUCAUCUCAUGGAGGAGACCUCUGACGCUGGUGGUGUCCCUGUUCAUGCUGCUGUCAGCGGUGUGUGUGAUCCUCAGCCUGGCCGGCUCCAUGCUCUCCUGUCAGAACGCCCAGAUGGUCAAGUCCAUGCUCACCUGCCAGGUGGAGAACGGUUUGUGCGUUUGCUGCGCGCCGACUCACCCCUGCUCCAUCACCGAGGAGGAGACCCUGGUCCUCUACCUGAACGCCGACUGCCACUCGGUGCGGCAUCAGCUCAAGGACCUUUUGUUCAGCGCAUGUGGCCUCAGCAUUCUCUCCACCAUCAUUUGUACGCUGUCCACCGUGACCUGCAGCAUCCACAUAUUCUCCCUGGACCUGGUGCACCUGCUGGCGCCGCAUCGCUCUCGCUCCGUCAACCCAGAAUGCACCACUCCUCAGGACGCCUUCCUCACCAACAUCAUGGACUUUGAGGAGUUUGUGCCGCCCAUCCCUCCGCCUCCGUACUAUCCUCCAGAAUACACCUGCAGCUCCGAGACCGACGCUCAGAGCAUCACGUAUAACGGCUCCAUGGAGAGUCCCGUUCCUCUCUACCCGACCGACUGCCCUCCUCCGUACGAAGCUGUGAUGGGGAAACGAGCUGCCAGCCAGGCGACGGUGUUCGACCCUCACGGCACCGAGCUGUCUGGAGAGAGAGGGACUUCUACAGCCUUCAGCGGAGAAGUGUCCAUGGACAGCGGCUCUCUGCUGAUGUCUGAGAUCGUAGACAUCCCCGACGACUCGUCCCCGUCCGAGGACUCGUGUCUGAUGGAGGUCGGCCUGAGGCCCCACGGGGGAGGCAGCCGGAGCACCGAGGGGGGAGACGGAGGAGACGGAGGGGACUACUUCAGCUUCAGAGGCCAAACGCCGGAGAGUCCGCUGGCCGGAGGCCCGAGAGCCCGGAGGUUCAUUCGAGGAGAGAGGUCCAACUCCUGCUCGUCGCCCAGCACGGCCACCACCACCUACAGGUCUCCGGUCCUGCGUCGCCAGGCCAUGUUGGCCAGCAGCUGCUCCCAGCUGGAGGCGAUAGGAAGCUCCACGUCUCCUCAGCAGAGCUUCAUCCCGGAGAUCCGUGUCCGACCCUCCACCCCGUCUGGCCAGGGAGCCUCCUCCGUCCCCCCGGUUUUGGCCUCCCUGGCCGGCGGCGAGCAGCUUCCUCGUCAGCCGCUGUACCUUCGGCGGAGGGCGGGAAGGAACGACAAGGACGGAGAGAACGUGAAGGUGGACAGCGACGGGUUCCUACGCCUGGUGAGGUCGCACAGCGAGCCGGGCCUCGGGUCCUCCACCGACACAGUUGACUUUGGCUCCGGAGGCAGUAAAGCUUCUAUAGACACAGGUCCGUCCUCCGAGGCCUGUCUGCUGCCCCAAACCUCUUUGCCUCCCGCCUCAGCUUUGCCUACGAAAGGCAGCAUGAAGUCUGCAGCCACAGGAGUCCAGGUUCCCUCCAAGCCGGUCCCGUCCUCGCCGCUACGUUUACCUAAAGACUGCCACCGCUCGCUCGGAGACCUGAAGGUUACUCGGGUUCUGGUGGCUCGCUUCCUGCAGCGCUCCAAACGCAACCUGUCGCCUUCCUCCGAACACGCUGGGAGUCCAGGACAAGGACCCAAGAGGAGGAGUGGAACCGAGAGCGCCGGCGCCAACCAUCUACCCUUGGAACAGGUGUUGCGGGCCACCUGGAGCACCGGCCGAGGUCACGCCAACCACCACCCCCACCACCGCGGGCAUCACCACUCCCACAGCGACAGCCGACACAAUCGGCACCACGGCAGCCGCUCGCCAGAGGGCAUCCACCUGCGCAGUUGCGGGGAUUUAAGCUCCUCCUCCUCGCUGCGCCGCCUGGUGACGCCUCAUCCGCCGCACGGUUCGUCCGGAGCGCUCUAUUCGGAGUCUGCGCUGUGAGGAGGCGGGAAACAGGAGGCGGGGUUGUCGGGAUUUAGGCGGGAACAUCCGGUUUUGAGAGUUUGGAAAGUCCUCUCCGCCUCCUUUUCCUGAAGCCAACAGAGCGAACGGCCUUAUUUAGUGGUGCUCUUU